GAAACAUCAACACCUCGUCACUUAAUUCAAUCACCUCCCCUGGCUUUCUCGCUCUCUCUCUCUCUCUCUCUCUCUCUCUCUCUCUCUAGUCGCGACGAGUUUCUCUGAAAAUGGCGUUUCUACUGAAUAAAACCUCCAUUUCUUCUCACUUUCGAUCGCAUUCGCAGAAGACGGAGGACGCGCUUUGUCUGUCUCGCCGUGGAUUCCAUGUAGAGCUCGGGGCUCGCGAGAAAGCUCUGUUGGUUGAGGAUCCAGCUCUGAAGAGAUUCAAAUCACAUAAGAAGGGUGUUUGGCGGAUAAAAAGAAUGGGGGAUGUACUAACGAUUGUUGUAGUUGCAGGUAUGCAAGUUAUUGUUGAUAAG